GAAUGAUUGGGUUCCUAGCUAAGAUGUAAAUAAUCCUAAAACCAUUGACCGAAUUCUCAAGGAAGCUGAAGGUGAAGCACGUGGACAACAACAGAAUCUACAGAGCAUGUCCUUCACAGAAAAAGAAAAAGAGGAACUUAGAAGAAGUGUCCAAGGAAUCUUUAAUAAACUCACACCACAGAAGUUUGAAACUCUAUUGACUCAAAUCAAAAAUCUUAACAUCGACACUGAGGAAAAACUGUGGGCAGUCAUUAAUUUAAUAUUUGAGGCAGCUGCGGCAGAGGCAAACUCCAGCGUCCCCUAUGCAAACAUGUGCAAGCAUUUGGGAUUGAUUAAAGUGCCCACUAAGAAUAAGGACUAUGUGAAUUUCCAUAAAGUUCUCUUAAAAAAGUGCCAGAGAGAAUUCGAAAAGGGUAGGAGUGAUGAAUUGAAACACGAAAGGCUCUGGAAGAAGCUGCUCCAGAAGAAAAGAAAGAAUUAGAGCAAGAAAUGUAUGAUGAAGAUAAGAUGAGAUAUAGGCAGCUUGGCAAUCCAAGAUUUAUUGGUGAACCUUGGAAUGUUAACCGAACCUAUCAUGCAUGAAUGUAUAAGGAGACUCAUUUCUCAAGGAGAUGAAGUAUCACUUGAGUGUUUGCGUCAAUUGCUGAAUACGAUAGAUAAAGAAUUAGAUGAUCGAAAAGUUAAAGGUUCAAAAGAUAGUGUAAGUGUUCUUUGUCUUCAUUUUGAUCUGUGCUUUUACUUGUAAUAAAAUAUGAGAAAAAGUAUUCUUGUAAAUAAUAUAAGUUUAAAAAGACAACUUAUCUUCAAAUUAAAAAAAGUUUUUUUUGUUGAAAAAGCUUAUUAAACACAUUACUUUCUGAUUCAUAGAACAAUAGACCUUUAUACAGAUUAGUUCUUGUCGAUUCUGAAUUCUUUGUCGAAAAAGUAUGGAAAAUUAUUUCUUACAAAUGCAAAAGAUAGUAGACAAACGUUUAACUAGCUCUAGGGACAGGUUAAUGUUGCAAGAUAUUAUAGAUUUAAAAAGGAAUGAUUGAGUUCUACGGAACAUGUCCUUCCAAAACAGGGUACCUGAUCACCGAGACAGAAGAAAAAACACUGCUCGAAACAUGGGAACAACAUGGACGUCUUCUACAGAAAGUAGUAAAGGCAGCUAUAGUCUUGUUGAUCCUACUAAAUUAAAACUGACUAAAGUUGUUGAUGACCUUGAAAUCACAGCUUGUUAUGCUGGGCAUGUAUUGGGUUUUGCAAUGUUUUUGAUAAAAGUAGGAUCACAAUCAGUAGUCUACACAGGGGACUUUAACACCACUCCAGAUCGUCACUUGGGGCCUGCGUGGAUUGAUAAAUGCAGGCCAGACCUGCUGAUCACAGAUUCUACAGAGGGUACUACAAUUAGAGACUCAAAAUGGUAUAGAGAACGAGAUUUUUUGACUAAAGUGCAUGACUGUGUCGAAAAAGGUGGUAAAGCGUGAAUGUCAUUGAAAUUAGCACUCUUUGAAUAAAUAGUUCGACACUAUUAUGUGACAACGUUGUGCGGGAUCGAAGCUCUUUUUACCAAGCAAUAGAGUAAACCAGAACACGCAUAUCUGUUGUUUCAAUGUCUA